CUUCAAGGUUCAAAACCUAGGGUUUCCAUUUCCUCACUUCAUCAGUAUCUCUCUGAACGAGUAUCUUUCUCUCUCUAAGAUCCUCCAUUGUUUUCUUGCGAGAGAAAAUAUGACCGUGGCUACGGAUAUUGAACCAGAAGGGAAGGGCUCAUCAGAGGUUAAGAUGAAGGAGGAGAGGAGAUGGACUCUCAGCGAUUUUGACAUCGGAAAGCCUUUGGGAAGAGGAAAAUUUGGAAAUGUGUACUUGGCUCGGGAAAAGAAGAGCAAACACAUUGUUGCCUUGAAGGUGUUGUUUAAAAGUCAGCUCAAACAAUCCCAGGUUGAGCACCAGCUACGAAGAGAAGUUGAGAUUCAGAGUCAUCUUCGACAUGCCAACAUUCUUCGUUUAUAUGGUUACUUCUAUGACCAGACACGGGUUUAUUUGAUCCUGGAAUAUGCUGCAAAAGGAGAGCUAUAUAAAGAGCUGCAGAGAUGUAAAUAUUUCCCUGAGAAGCGUGCUGCCACAUUUAUUGCAUCUCUUGCUCAAGCAUUGAUUUAUUGCCAUGGCAAGCACGUGAUACACAGAGAUAUCAAACCAGAGAACCUGUUAGUUGGUGCACAGGGUGAAUUGAAAAUUGCAGACUUUGGGUGGUCUGUUCAUACGUUUGAUAGGAGACGCACCAUGUGUGGAACACUGGACUACCUCCCACCUGAAAUGGUGGAGAGCAAAGAGCAUGAUGCAAGUGUUGAUAUUUGGAGCCUUGGGGUAUUGUGCUAUGAGUUUCUUUAUGGGGUACCUCCUUUUGAAGCAAAGGAGCACUCUGACACAUACCGAAGGAUUGUUAGAGUGGACUUAAAGUUUCCUUCAAAGCCUGUUGUUUCGGCUGCUGCAAAAGAUUUGAUCAGUCAAUUGCUUGUAAAAGAUUCUUCGCAGCGUCUUCCUCUACAUAAGCUUCUUGAGCACCCAUGGAUUGUUCAAAAUGCAGAUCCAUCGGGAAUCUAUAGGACUUGACUUGGGGGGUGGACUCUCUCUCUCUCUCUCUCUCGUUCUCUCUCUCUCUUGUUUCGUUGAGUUGUUUGAAAUGCCAUCUCCUUUGUGUGUACAGGGCUCGAUCCUGCUUUCCUUGAUCCCCAUUCUCUCACGCAAUUGAACAAUAUACUACAUCAUGAUUGUUUUCUUUAAAUGCAUUAAAUAUAAGGAAUCAAUUUUUUCA